CGUAAAUUUGCAGAACAAUGGCGCUGGCGCCUCCUCGCUAAGAGAGAGAGAACGGCUUGCUUUUGGAUGUGGUGCACGGUGCCGUAGCAGGAAUCGGCAUCCAAGACGGUAGACUUGGGGUUCAGAGCAGCCCCGAAAAUGCUCUUGGCACGCCACGUAGGCGGACUGUCCACAAUGGCACCUGACGAUCACCGUUUUUAUUUGCAUGGACAUGCCCUGCCCGAUUGCCCAGUCUCGCAUUGGACUUCCAAACAUGAUAUGCAUCCCAUCACGGCGGGCAUCUUUAUCCUCUGGGCUGUGAUGGGCUGCUGCUUUGCCCUCUACACCAACACCAAAUACAACUCGCUCGUCGUUUUUGAGCGUCGCCUGCACAACAGCUUCAUCUCCAAUACCUAUUGGGUCUUGACGUUUGCCUGCUUGGCUGUCCGAGGCAUUCUGGGUGCGCUGCGCUAUGGCUACACGGCUUCGGCCGGCGGCGACCUGGAUUUCGUCGUCUUUCUUCUAAGCGCCAUCAUGCUCGGUGCUGCCAAUGUGUCUCUGUGCUGCGCUCUCCUGCAUCAACGAAAAUUUCGCCAGUUUCCUCAAGCCGAGCCGAGUCUCAACUCUCCGUUGGAUAGCGAAGCGGCUGUGCUGCUUAUCACCCCGACUCGGCGUCCCAAGCUGAUCUUUGUAAUGCGCGUCGUUUUUUAUGCGGGCGAUUUCAAGCCUUCCGUGGGCAUGCGGUGUCUCAUCUUUGUUGGCGUGGUUUUCAGCUGUGUCAACGCCCUGCCGCCGUUGGUGUGGCAGACCAUCCUGCCAGGCCGCUGCAUCCUAAACGUGUUUAGUUGGGUAGAUUUGAUUCUCUUUGUGGACAGUCUCAGCAUGGUGUUUUUCUUUGUCUUCUUACGUGCCGAAUACCUGCGUCUUCGUGAGCUCACGCUCUACGAGGCCUAUUCUCAGAUCUCCGAGAGUUGGCGCUUUAUAUCCUAACCGACCGCUCCGCUUUUGCAUUCCAUGGGCGUGUGGAUGUUUUGUCUGCUGUUUCAAUUGGUGCAACGAAAGACUUUGCGUCGAUUUACUCGCGCUCGCAUCCGACCGUCUACUUUAGUGUAGAGGCAGGGUGCCUGCGUUUUCGUGCAUUCGCUUCUCUUCUUGGACGUCGCUUUCACCCGUCUUGUAAUUUUUAUGCCAUUUCAACGAAUUUAUCGUUGUUUUUUUUGCUUGUUCUUUAUUUGUUUGCUUGUAACGUAAGUAUGGGGCCGAGGUACCUCCAUGCUGCAUGCCUGAUAGCAGGUGUCUAUCCUAGAUGCAUGAUGGCUGAGUCGCAUGCCGUAUGCCGUGUCUUGCGGCAGCUGACCGGCCAACACGUCAUUGACCAAUCAAUCUAACAAUAAUGUUGUCGUC